AUGCCUGACCUGACACCCUUUCUUGUCACCGGACUUGCGCUCGGCAGCGUCUAUGCGCUGGCGGGCAUGGGGCUGGUCGUCCUGUUCCGCGCCACGGGCGAACUCAAUUUCGCCCUUGGCGCCAUCGGCGCCGCUUCGGCCAUGACGGCCUGGCAGGCCCACGCAUGGGGCACGCCGAUUGCGUUGGCCGCGCUGUGCGGUGUCGCCGCCGCCACCGCGAUUUCAGCCGGCUAUGGGGCGUUCGUGUCGGCGCGCGUCGCCCGGCGUUCGAACGUGAUCAAGGCGGUGGCAACGCUCGGGCUUGCGCUCGCUCUGCUCGGGCUGAUGUACUUCAUUUGGGGCGAUACGCCACGCCGGCUCCGCCUGCCGUUGAGCGCGCUCAACACCGAACUGUUCGGCGUCCGCGUUACCGGCGUCCGUGUCGUUGCGCUGGUGCUGUGUGUAAUGACCGCGAUCGGCAUAUCGCUGCUGCUCGCCAGGACACGUCUGGGUCUGCAGAUGCGGGCUCUUGCCGAUGGCCGGGACCUGAGCGCGCUGAUCGGCAUCGACGUUGAGCGGGUGACCCUGAUCGCCUGGACCGCCACCGGCGUUCUGGCCGGCACCAUCGGUAUCCUUCUGGGCAGCCUCGUGCGGCUGGAACCGGGCGUGUUGACCUUCAUGGUCGUGCCCUCCAUCGCAGCCGCGAUCCUUGGUCAAUUGCGCUCGCUGUGGCUGACGCUGGCCGGUGGCCUCGCAAUCGGCGUACUUGAGGCGAUCGCCACACCGUUUCAGGAUGUUGCGCCCUACCGGUCGCUCGUUCCCUUCAUCGUCGCCAUAGCGGUUCUGGUCCUGCUGCCGGCGCGCACCUUUCAGACCACGCGGGGAAGCUGA